UAAAAAUGAAUCCAAAAAGGGGGAUAAAUGCAACUCUACAAGUCAUAUUAGUUGACGACACCAAGAUGAGAUCAGAUCUUCUCCGGCGAACUACCACCGCCUCUUCUCCGCCAACUCGCUUUCUUCUUCUCUCAUCAUUUUUCCUCCUCCACCUGAUCUCUUCCUCUGCUACCGACACACCGACGGCAUAUGAUGAACUAUUGGAGUACGAUUUUCCGGUCGGUCUUCUUCCGCAAGGCGUCACCGGCUACGAGCUCAACAAAAGCACCGGAGAGUUCAAGGCUUACAUGAAGGAGUCGUGUUCAUUUAAGAUUCAAGGCUACAAUCUCAAAUAUAAGUCAACGAUUAGCGGUAUCAUAGAGAAAGGGAAGCUGAAGAAUCUGAAAGGCAUAAACGUCAAGAUACUGGUGGUGUGGUUGAACAUCGUGGAGGUGAGUCGUCACGGCGAUCAAAUUGAUUUCUCGGUAGGAAUCAUGUCAGCCGGAUUCGGAGUAAGUAAUUUUAAUGAAUCGCCACAGUGUGGAUGUGGAUUUGAUUGUAAUGGUAUGGUUUCGAACCAGUUUUUGAUGUCUUCCUAAUUCCCAUUGAUCUGAAUCUGAACUAUGAUGAUUUUUAUAUUAUGAAUUUGAUAAUCGUUAAAUUGAUUUGAUUUGA